GGGAGGGCUCUGUCUGGCAGAGGCAGGUGUGGGGGGAGGCGGAGGGACCGCAACGGGGUGCAGGCUUUGCUGCGGGGUGUCCCCAAUCCUGGCUCCCAAUCCCCCGGCAGCUUAGGGAGGCUGCGCUGCCCCUGGUCUCGCCCACCAGGGCCACGUCCUCUGCGCUGUGACAUGGGCAGGGACAGCCUGUCUGCAGCUCUGCCCGCACGGUGGGGCCUCCUCUCCUCCUCCUCCUCCUCCUCCUCCUUUUCUUUUUCUUCCUCCCGCGGGCAUCAGCUCAGGCCCAGCUGGGACGUGGUGGGCUGCCCCCGGAAGGGCCCGCGGCGGUGGGGCCGGGUUCCCCGGGGGCGCGGGGGGCUCGCCUCGGGCGGCACCUGCCCCGGGGGUCCCUUCCCAGGCCCCGGCGUGGGGCUGCGGGGUGGGCGCCGGGGCGGAUGUGAACCCCGGCAUCCGCCGCCCUCUGGUGACAGCCAGCCGCGGGCGGAAGGGCCCGUCGGGGGCAGUCACCCACCCGAAAUCAGCAGCUGCCGACCUAGCGAGGUUUUCAAGCGUUUUGCGGGUUUUAUACAGAAAUCGCGCAGGCGGCGUGCGCUCGGCAGCCCGGGUGUCAUGUUUGGAAAGGUGGCCUGUUAGGGAAAUCAGAGGGAAUGGCUGCGUGGUGGGUGCUGGGGAGGUGGGCUUGCUCGUGAACAUAAUCCGUCGGUACGAGGGGCACACACCUCCGGGGUUUCCAUGCUCCUUUUAUUAUUUUUCUUUGAGAGAAGGAGUGUGGAAUUUGCAGCUGCUGUGGAAAAUGUAUGGUAGAGGAAUGUUGUGCUCCAAAUUUAAAUUUUAAAAGUAAUUUCCCCUCACUGCCUUUUUAAAAACAUCAGACAAGCAGAGAUCUGCUUACAGACCUGCCCUCUCCCUGAAUCGUGUCUGUUGGCAUCAGCAAAGAGGGGAAGUUGGGAAAAUGUGGAGAGUGUAGCAGGCUUGAACCCUGACACAAAGCAGUGUCUUGGCAAGCUUGGUAGCACGAGGAGGUGAACAAGGUCCGGCAGGUGACACAGAAGAAAACUCCCAAUGUGAUAGUGCUAGAGUUACUUUUGUCAGGGCUGGGCUUUCGGUUGAGGACCGGGAGAAUGAAGUCAUCCCGUAAAGCCUGGUCACCGCCUUGUUUCACAGCAGCAAUUCCAUGGUUCGGGUCUCGGCGUGAGUGGGUGAGUGGCGGGGCGCUGAUGGGGACUCUGCCUGUCCCAGCAUGCAGUUCCUGUGCUAGGGCAGGGCACGGGUGGGAGUUGGCUGGGCUGAGGGGUUCGGAUGGGGUUGGUUCGGAGGGAUGUUGCUGCCGCAGUGUUUGUUGCCAGGGAGUGAACACUUGCCCUCGCCUGACCUCCAGCCCCUGCUCCCGUAACAUUUAACAAUAACACUGGAUUGCUGCUGACUCCAGUGAGGCCUGGACAUGUCCCUUCCCAUGGAGCCUAGGGUGGUCAGGACAGCAGAGCCCUGCUGUCACCUCAGCUGUACAGCUGUGGCCCUUGGUGAGCUGGGCUUGUGGAGCAAGGUCCAGCCACAGGUGGAGCAGUGCUGGGGCUGUUUCAGCUGUGCCACUCGCCUGCCUUGUUUCUGUUCCCCCUGUGAGAGGUUUCUUACCCACUGAAAGAAGGAAAGCUGGUGGAGUCACUCUGUACUGUCCCGAGGAACUCUGCUGUCCCGAGGCACAGCUUGCUGAGGAACUCUCUUGCUUCCUUGCUUUUGCAGCAAGUUGUGCAGAGCAGCUCUCCAUGCUCUAUUUUUCAUCUCUGCCCUCUCCAGGAGAGGUCUUUAGAGACUUAUAGAUAAUUUAAAUUUUACUGUUAGGCCUGCUCUUUCACUCCAAAUCGGAUGAAGGCCACAGUCCCUACACGCCCCCUUGGCUGGUGCUGAGCUUUCUCAGCCUCUCUGCCCUCAGCUCUCUUCUCUCUCUGAGCAUGCAGAGCAGGAGGAGGAAGUUCCCUCCCUAUGUUCAAGGGACCUGUGAGGGCAGAGAAGCACAUCUUUGCCCCUGGUCUUCCUCCUUGCUGUCUGCUACAGGCUGCUUGCCCUGGCACAUUUCUGUGCUGAGAGCCAGAGGCCAGAGAUAGCCAAACUUUGCUCUUUGAGUCUGAGGGUGAUUGAAGGGGAUGAUUAUUGAUCUGAGUCUUCAAAGUCAAAAGACUCUUGGCUCUUCCCAAGUCCUUUACAUGUUCUUACAGCUCUGGGCCUGCCCGUGUUUGUCCUCUGCUAGAUCUGGUUGGCACCAUCGUGUGCUGUGUGGAAAUGCACCGUGCCUGGGGGGCAGGACACUUCCUGAUGCAGAAUAAGAAAACCUGUUGUUGGUAGGUAUGUGACCACAGACGAGAAAGGAGAAAGUGAAGCCAUAUGAUUAGAAAAGUGGUGUCCUCAGCACACUGUCAAUGGAGCUGUAAUCAAAUUAUCAGAGGCUUUGGUAGCUGGAAGAAUUAAUGAGUCGGUUUUGAAACAAGACAGAUGUGAAGGGCAGCAUGGGAGAAAUCCUGAAAGGAGAUAUUUGUAUGCUGGCAGAUGGUUUGUUGCUGGUUACUUAGUGAGAUUGUUGCAGGUUACUCUGUGAGAGUCUUCUCUGAGAGGCUUUUGCCUGAUGUCUCUCCACAUCGCAUAAUUCCCAGGGACCACUUUCUUCCAGGGAACUGUGUGGGUCUCUGUGUCCUGGUAAUGCCAUGUUGCCAUGUUUCUGAUCCUUCCUUCUGUCUGCAGGGCCUGGCACCUCUGCUCCCUGAAGCCUAUUUUCUGACCAGCUCAGUUCCUUUGUUAUUUCAUGUUGCUUUUGCUUGUGAUCAAGUGAGCCAGAUGAAUAUAACCUCUAGAGAACUUGGUCUCACGAAGUUUGAGGCCUGCUUUAAAAAUUAUUUUCUUUGACAGGAAAGUGUCUCUGUUCAUCUUCCCUUUGGCUUUGUCCCUCUCUUUCACAGUCUCCCUUGCUUGGCUGGUGGAUGCCCAGCUGCCAAUUAACAUGUUUCCCCCCUGUUUCCGUCUGCAUCUUCAGCUGGUUGUGAAUCCUGAAUGAAGAGCAGCUGGGCUCACAUGCUCUGCAUUUCAGAGAGCCUUUUCAGGACUGGCCAUUGCAGUUGCAGUCAUACUUGCCUGUGGCCUGGACAACCCCCCAGCUAAGCAGCAUGAUGGUAGAACAAUACUUGGAUGGGAAACCUUCAAAGGAGUCCUGUGUGCUGCAAAAUGGGAAGUUAGUGAUUCAGCUGGAAGUGCUUUUUAGUAACAAAUCCAUAUUCUGGGCCAGGGGUGAUGUCAACGCUGAGAUUCUUGUUGCUAGAUGUGAACAAAGAUGCAAAGCCCUUUAUGCAAGAGCUGAGGUGGUAAUCCAGAUCUCCUGGCCUCAGUCCAUUUGGGGUAAUUGCAUUCUUCCUGGGUAGUGUUUUCAACCCAUCCCUGUCAGAUACAUUGCCAUUGCUUCCUGUGCUGCUGCAGUAUGUGGGUGGCAGCACUUCAGCCAUGUCCAAAGCAAUUCCUGUCACUGCUCAGGCUUAGUGCCUUUUGAGCCUUCUCUGAAAGACAGUGUGCUAGAGGAGGGACUUGGUGGAGGGUUUUCUGUAUAUGUAUAUUUACAUUUACACAUGCUGCUUUUACUGGGGCUUGUUCUGCUUGUAAGCUCUCCAAACCAAGAGCCCUUGUGCCUAGCUGGUACCGUUUCCAGGUGGGCCUUCUCCUGGGAUGCCAGUGCAGGUGUCAUUAAGCACAAGCUUUCUGGGUGCCCUCAGGACAGUCUUAAGGGCUGAAGCCCCAGUAGGGUAGUGUGGCCAUGCCUCCCUGCACCAUGGUGGGAAGGCUGUGCUUCUGGGGCACUGGCAGCCUGCCUGCCCGCAGUGCUCUGCUCCCCGGCACGGCAGCUCUGGUCUCAGCUGGGCUGUGCUCUGGUGGUGCUGCAGGGUGGUUGCCUGUGUGGAUGGUCAAGCUGAGGAGCAGGGACUCCUCACAGCCACUUUUGCCCAUCAUGCCUGCAGCCAGGAGAAGGUCAGACCUGAUCCUGAGGAGCCUGGUACCGUUGGUUUUCAGGACCUGCUCUGCACAAGGACCUAGCCCCCACAAAGUGUGAUUUCUAGUGGUCUGCAAUUAAAGCACUGGGAGCCUGGGGAGGAGACUUAAACAACAUCUUUGUGAUGGUGUUGGCAGGCUUCUCGGGGAUUUCUAUUAAGCAAUUGUCGUUUUCUCCCUUCCCUGUAGCCUGGGAAACGCUGUGGUGUUGGAUUUGUCUUGGUCUGUUUGGGUUGUUGGGAGGGGUGUCUCUCCAACAGUGGAGUUUGUCCCUCCCUGCCCUGGCUCUGUGUCUCCAUGGGGUGCCUUAGCAGGUGGCCUGUGGGGACCACAGCCAGCGCCUGUUCUUGCAGAUAAAUCAUAUGCCAGCGCACCCACUCGAGAAGCAGAGCCUGUGUGGUAGAGAAACCUACAGCUGUGUGGGUGGACAAGAACAAAGCCAAAGGCACAGAAAGGCCUUUAUUUCCCUCUGAAAUCUGGGCAGGGAUAUCAUGAAUGUGACCUUAGCAGCUCUCUCAGGAGAGCCAACUGUGCACCCACCUGGAAUCGUGCAGGGAACUGGGGAUAGCUGGAAGCCAGGAGGGAGUCAGGGCUGCUGCUGGAGGGGCAGCCUCAGCACUGGUAAAAGAUGUAGUGGGAUUUUUGAGCUGGUGGGGGUGCUUGGGGUCUCUCAUUUCUGUGCACAGGCCACUAGCUCACUUGGCUUGGAUGAGCGGUUACUGUCCACACAGUGUUCCAACUGAACCUGUGCGUGUGGACUUGUCUUUCCAGGUGAUCCAAGACAGCCGGAACAAGCAACCUCAAGGCCACACUGCGAGGGCUGACAGCUGAGAGCUGCCUUCUCUGUCUGCUUCAGCCCUACACUGAGGCAUCAAAGCUGCCCAUGGAUUAUGACCACAGGGGAGCUGUGUUGCAUCUGCAAAUCUCUGUUGUGCAUCAAGGGCACAUCUGAACAGGGCCAGAAAGUGUCCUGUGCUGUGGGUGGAAGGGGGAGGAGGUGAACAUGAGACCAGGAGCUAGCUGGAAGCCCAGAGGUUGCUGCAGUGUCUUGGAAAGCAAGAGCCACUGUGGACACUGAAGAGCUGGAGAGGACGUUGCAGAGGUUUGGAGGCACACCGUGAUGGUGGGAGCCAUUCCACGUCAGCCACGCCGCUUCUGGGGGGUGCCUGACUGGCAGGCAUCUUCAGCUGGCUGUGCCAACGACUGCCUGCUGCGGGGCAGGGAGGCUAAUCCAGACACAAGCAGGGAUGCUGUGCUGCAGAGCACCUCAUAGUAGAGGGCUCACACAGAGAUCCUGAGUGAGAGGGGGCCCAGCUCCCACCCUCUGCCCUUGCACCCUGACCUGUGGCACUUUACAGUCCCCCUCCUGCUGCUGCAUGGGCUCCACUCGGAGUCCCAGCAAGUGAGCUCCAUGCGGCACAUCCACACAGAGACGUCUCUGCCCCCGGAGCGCAGCACGGAGCCCAGCCUGUCCCGGCCCAGGGGGGAGACACCCUUGGAGCCUUCCUCGCAGUGCUGCACCCACCGCAGCAUCCUGAUGGGCUACAAUGAGACAGAGAUCAAGCGCCAGAAGGUUUACCAGGUGUCCAUCUUCUCCCAUCUCUCCAGCUCCUCUGAGAGCACGGAGCAGCGGGCAGGCACCCGGCCGGCCGUCAAGAGGGGAUACCCCGAGCAGCGAACUCCAGAGGGGGGGCGAGAUCCCAAACGAACUCACUGGGGUGACAGGGGGGUGGAUGGGGGCCCUGGGCAGCCUUCCCUGGAUGAUGAUGAUACCUUUGAGGAUGGUCUGCUGGUGGAGGAGCUCUCCCUUUGUGGCUCUGCCCAGCAUUUCUCCCACAGUGGGCUGCGGGUGGUGGAGCACCGCUGUGAGGGCAGCCCUAGCCACAGCCCUAAGGCCAGCAGAGAGGACAAGUCGCAGGAUGUCUCCUCCUCCUCUUCCUCCUCUUCCUCUUCCUCCUCCUCCACCUCCUCCUCCUCCUCCUCCUCCUCCUGGCCCCGGCACAUUGCUUGCAGUACUUUGCACAUGAGAGACAGUUGCCCUGUCUCAUCAGGGGAUCAGCCCAUAGACUAUGGAGAGAAUGGGGAGCCGUCAAGUGGCCACAAUGUACUUCACCUUGAAUUGCACCGUAUUGCACAAACAACCCAGUUGGACCCUGGUGGGAAGAGAGAGAAGCCAGGGAGCAGCCCAGCUCACACCAGCAGGGCUAGUGGAGAAGCGGAAGGGCCAGCAGUGGCCAAUGGGUGCAGGGAGUCCCCAGUUCCGCAGACAGCACUCAGCCCCGAGCCCAGCAACCUGAGCUCCCAGGAGAUGACACCCUGUGGGAGCAGCCAGCUCAGCAUCACCUGCCCAGCCAAAAGGAAGUUGCUGCCCGCUGGCGAGGUUAUGGCUGACUCCUGCUCUGAGGAUGAGAGCCUGUCCCCACCAGCAAGGAAGAAGAGGGUCCUGCCAUGCCAUCCUGUGCCCACAGCCUGCCGCAGCACUGAUGCCAAGGGAGCUCCGUUCUGGAAUCACCUGCUUCCUGCAGCCAAGAGCUCUUCAGAUUGCACUGCGGUCGGGAGAAGGCUGAAGAGUGGGCUGCGUCUCAAAUCGCGACAUCUCCGGACCAGCCUCCGGAGAGGCACUAGGUCCCCCACAGUGCCCUGGGCCACCACCACUGUCAGCCAUGCUCUGCUGGGCAAUUUUGAGGAGUCCAUCCUGAAGGGGCGCUUUGCACCAUCGGGGAGGAUUGAGGGUUUCACGGCAGAGAUUGGUGCCAGUGGCUCCUACUGUCCCCAGCAUGUCACCCUGCCUGUCGACGUCACCUACUUCGACAUCUCUGAACACAGCGCGCCCUCGCCUUUCCUGGGAGUGAUUGACUUGGAGGCCUUGGGAAAGAAGGGUUACAGUGUCCCCAAAGCUGGAACCAUCCAAGUGACCUUAUUUAACCCCAACAAGACUGUGGUGAAGAUGUUCUUGGUGACAUACGACUUCCAGGACAUGCCGGCCAACCACAUGACCUUCCUACGCCAUCGCAUCUUCCUGGUGCCCGUGGGGGAGGAAGAGGGGUCCACAGUGGCCCCCAGUGACCCACUGGGCACCAGCCCACCCCGCAGGGUCCUCUGCUACCUGAUGCAUCUGAGGUUUCACAGCUCCAAGUCAGGGAAGAUCUACCUUCAUGACGACAUUCGGCUGCUUUUCUCCCGCAAGUCGAUCGAGGUGGAUUCGGGGAUCCCCUACGAACUGAAAUCCUUCACGGAGAUGCCGCGAAACCCCUGCUACUCACCCCGGGCCUGACCUUCUUCACUCCCCGCCCCCCAGGGCCACUGGGGAGCCUCCAGCCCAGCACUUUGGGGAGAGAUGACUAAAGGGCCAACAAGCACUGCUUUGAGAUCACCCACCCUCCAGACCAGCACGGACACCACGCUCUGCAGCAGGGCUGGGAUCACCCAGGGGGCUUCACCAAGAGAGGCAGGGGCUGAGGAGCAGCCCUGGCACUCCAGGGACAUGCCCAAGCCUUCUGCUGGCACUGCUCCCAGCUUGGAGACUUGGCUGUGGCUGAGAUGGGUGGGUGUGGAGUGAAGAGUUGGACUGGAGCUGUGAGUGAGACCACCUGCACUGGUCUCGGGUCUGGGAGCAGAAAGUGUGGAAGAGUUUGUAUUUAUUAGUAUUUAUUGUUGCUGGGAGCACAGAGGAGGCUCAUGCAGAGGAUCAGAGGUGCUGUGCUUGUUCUUCCCCUCAGCCCUGCCUGCACCAGGCUGCCUGUGUUCGGGCAGGGCUGUGGGGACUAUGAGGAUGACUAGGGACAGGGAGGCCUCAGCCCAUGGAAGGGAGAGUGACCCAGUGCUUAAAAAGGGUGCAACUCCCAGAUCAGAGGUGUAUUGAAAGCCCACUGACAGGCUGAGCCUCGCUGGCACCAGCUUUGCAGGCCCAGUCCAACUACAAGCAGCUUGGGGAGGCCUCUACUUAUCUUCUGAGUCUUUUAGGGUAAGCCAGUCCCAAGAGACCUGUGGCUGUCAAGGAAGUGGCCACUGCCAGGUUCCUGAAGGUAAGAGACACAGCUGCCACGUGAAUGGGGACCUGGAGCUCUUUGCAGGAAUAUGGGGAUAGCCCUUUGGGCAAGAGCCUCCAGAGCACGUGAGCUGUGAAUCUGAGAAGAUUGCCAAAAAAAAAAAAAAAAAAAAAAGGAACUUUGCACUGUCUGUGGGUGUGGGUGAAUCCCAUGCAGGAGGCAGCUUUGGGCAGAGUCUGCCAGCAGGGUGAUCAGGAGCUCGAGGAUGGUCGGGAGCCCCAGCUUAGAAAAAUGGGGAAAUGGGGAGGCAACAGAGGAAAUCAAACUCUGGGAGUUGGGCUGGUUCCCCAGGAGCAGGACUGGGAGAAUCCAGACUGGGGCAGUCAGAGGGACAGGGCCAAGAUAAAACAAGCUUGCACAUUCUGUCUGUAUCACCUCUCUGCCCUCUGAGGGUCUUGGCAGGGCUCCCCUGCCAGCCCAGGCUGUGGAGAUGCUCAGCCCCUCCAUCAUAGAGAACAAGAGGAGGACAGGCCCGGCCCCAUCACCUCCCACCGCUGAGGCUGAGAGCCCAGUGUGGGGUGCAGGGCGAGGUCCUGCCCUGCC